UUAAGAGCUUAUGAGCCGAAAUCCUCCCAAGAGGAAUGGCUGUUUGGUAAGACCAUAUGUGUGCAAUGAUGGCUGAGAUCAGAGCUUAGUGGUGUGGACGCCCAUGUCUCAUAACCACAUAGUUCUUAUUAAGCACAUAUUUCUUAUUAAGUCCAGUUACAACAGACACAGCUGAAAGAGGAUCAUUACUGGAACACUACAGUCUACAAGAGAGGCGACAUCAUGUAAAAUGUGUGUCAUGAUUUUCAGCAGAAAGAAGAGGCAUGUACGUUUAGACGUUUGACCUAAGGUAAUGCACACCUCCUCCCGUCUUAUCUUUAUAAUCAUUCCUAUGGCCCACCCAGUUUGGUCACCAGUGCAGCACCUUCUAAAAGCCGCAUAUUUACAUGAAUGAGCGCUGACUUUCUCGGGACAGGCUAUGUCACCGUGGCAGACCCCUCAGAGUGGCCAGUGUGGACCUGAAAACCUGCAACUGAGCAAAAGCCUGAAAAGUGCGCAUUACGCACGAAGAGUUAACGUGUAAACCAGUGGUUAAUCUUCUCCCGCCGUGCUAAAAAUCAACAAAGAAAACGCGAUAAAGCGAGAGAAAGAGCCUCGAUGGUCUGAACUGCGCUGAGUUUUGGCGAAGAGGGGCUCACCAAGAGGAAAUAACGAUUCAUUACGCUAUGGACUUGCUGAAGUUUUCCAAGAAACUCUGGAGCGUUCGCAAACAGCUGAUUGUCCUCCUCACGCCUCUGCUGCUGCUGCCUCUGCUCUUCGUCCUACCGGCAAAGGAAGGAAAAUGUUUGUAUGUGGUGCUCCUGAUGGCACUUUUCUGGUGUACAGAAGCCCUCCCACUAGCAGUGACCGCCAUGCUGCCCGUCUGUCUCUUCCCCACCAUGGGCAUUCUGCCCUCCAAAAAGGUUUGCCCUCAAUACUUUCUGGAGACUAACUUCCUCUUCCUGAGUGGGCUGGUGAUGGCGUCAGCGAUUGAGGAGUGGGGCCUGCAUAGACGCAUUGCCCUCAAGGUGCUGAAGAUUGUUGGAGUGAAACCAGCCUGGUUGAUUUUGGGGAUGAUGCUCACGUCCUCUUUCUUGUCCAUGUGGCUGAGUAACACUGCCACCACAGCCAUGAUGCUGCCCAUUGCGAACGCCAUCCUGGAGAGCCUGUUCGGUGACCUGGAGACCCUCAAAGAGAACGCCAAAGUCAAGAAUGACCCUGAAGGCCAAUCUCAGGUGAAGCUGCAUGUGCUGCCUUCAGAAAAGCACACCCUGACCGGAGAUGACAGGGCUGAUGGACUGGAGAGAGGAGAUCAGAGAAGCCCAGAGGAGGUCAGGAAAGAAGCAGAAUAUCAGCUAAAAGUGUGGAAAGGAUUCCUCAUCUGCAUCCCCUACGCUGCCAGCAUCGGGGGCACGGCCACCUUAACGGGAACAGCCCCUAACCUCAUCCUCAUUGGGCAGAUGAAAAGUUACUUUCCAGAGUGUGACUUGAUCAAUUUCGGCUCGUGGUUUAUUUUCGCUUUCCCGCUUAUGAUCGUCUUCCUUUUCGUUGCAUGGAUCUGGAUUUCCUUCCUCUACGGGGGACUCAACACUCGGUUGUGUAUAAACAAACAGGAUGACCGAGCAGCUGCAGAGGCCAAAGCUAGAGCAGUCAUUGAUGAAGACUACAAAAAGCUCGGACCCAUCAAUUUUGCAGAGGGAUCCAUCUCAUUCUUCUUCAUUCUGUUUGCCAUCCUCCUGUUCACCAGAGACCCUAAAUUUGUCACAGGGUGGUCCAUAUUCUUCAACAAAGGGUACGUGUCGGAUGCCGUCACCGGAGUCAUCAUCAUCUCCAUCCUCUUCUUCUUUCCGUCCCAGCGUCCCUCACUGCGCUGGUGGUUCAAUCCCCGAGCCUCUAACACUCCGUAUGUGCCCCUGCUGUCAUGGAAAAGAGUUCAAGAGUGUGUUCCGUGGAACAUUAUCCUUCUGCUGGGUGGAGGCUUCGCCAUGGCUAAAGGCUGCGAGGAGUCAGGCCUGGCUGCCUGGAUCGGAGGGCAUUUACAGCCGCUAGCUCAAGUUCCUCCUGCUGUAGCUGUGAUUCUGAUCACGGCCUUCAUCGCUUGCUUUACUGAGUUUGCCAGUAACACCGCCACCAUCAUCAUCUUCCUCCCGGUCAUCGCUGAACUGGCCAUCCGCGUGAAGGUGAACCCCCUGUACUUCAUGAUUCCAGCAACAAUUGGCUGCUCAUAUGCAUUCAUGCUUCCUGUCUCAACUCCGCCUAAUUCUAUUGCCUUUGCUUCUGGACACCUCAUGGUCAAAGACAUGGUGAAGACUGGGUUUAUGAUGAACAUUCUGGGCAUUGUGUGUGUGUCUCUGGCUAUGAACACGUGGGGGCUGCACAUGUUCACUUUACACACCUACCCGGACUGGGCCAGACCCCUUAACUCUACAGUGCCUGAGUCUACAGUUCCACCAUUUAAUGUUACUAUGUAGACAGUACACACACAUCAAACAUGCAAAUAUAUACAUAAUAGAGCGGAAAAAACCCAAGGCUAUCAAAAUGGAUUGCCAUGCGUUAUGCCAAAAAGAAUAAUAUGCUCAAAUCAUAUCUAUAUUCGUAUUGUUUUUUUGUUUGUUUGUUUGUUUGUUUGGUUUUUUACAAACAUUACAUAGGACUAUAAACCUGAUGACUUUUACAAUCAUACAAACCCAAUUCCACUUUCAACAAAGGUUGGGACAGUAUGGUAAAUGCAUAUAAAAACAGAAAGCAGUGAUUUGUACAUUAAUUUUGGCCUUUAUUCAUUUUUUUGUAUUUUUUUGUAAAUAUAGGCUCACUACAAAACUCAUUCUUCUGUUUACAUUUUACCCACUGUCUCAAAGUUUUUGGAAUUGUGUUUGUAUUUAUCAAAAAGUACUAAAUAUUAGUAAAAUUACUGUCCAGAAAAUCAGCCCUCCCUCAUCUAUGUAAUUAUUCUAUUUCAAUAUUAUAUACAAAAAAAUAAUUCUAUGCUUUUAAAAAAUCAAUGUUCAAUUUAAUUUAAUAUAAUUUUCAAUUUAAUUUACCUCAUUUAAAGUACCUAAAAUAGAUUCAGAGAUUUUUGAGGGUGUUGAGCUGCACUGGGGGAUUUGUGGGGAUUAUGUGUCGUUGCAACUGGCAGACAUUAUGUAUUUCAGGACAUUUUCAGACCACUGGUUAGCUACAACCAAGCCUUAGCUGAGGUGUGGCACAUUUGACCCGCUAAUUAAGCUUUGUCACAAACACCACUGAACAGGUUCAGUUUCUGCUUACUAUUACUCUAUUUUCAUCAUCUAAAUUUGUGUCGACAGAGCAUCAGUUUUUUUCAGAAUCAGUCCUGUACUGUGAUGGGUGGCACUGUUUGGGUCUGUAGCCUGCUCGCUAAGCUAAUGUUAAGAUUAACCUUAACUUCGCCUUGCAGUCCCUUCAACGGUUGUUAAACUUUCUCAGUCUCUCAGAUUUGAAUUAUUGUUUUUAGUCAGCUAAACAUGUUCUGUGAUGGGCAGAGCUGUUAGCAUGAUAGCGGUGCUAACGCUGACCAGUUGCUUUCAUCUAGUUAGCUAUGUAACAUUCAUCAAUUGUUUGAUAGAUGGUUUGACAUUUAUGGAAUGAAGGCUUGAAAAUCAUGCACUUUGUUCACUUAUUUGGUAACCAUGCAAAGUAAGCUACUUUUUUUUCGAUUUUACACUAGAAAUAACACUAGAUGAACGGUAUUAGAAAUGAAUCCACUACCACCUCCCGCACCCCCAGGCGCUGUGGUGGUACCACGCAUACUGCUGUAAUUUUUGGAGACAGUCUAAAAGUAAUUAAAAAAGGGGAUAACACCCAACACUAAAAAGGACUAUUUGUUUGGACUGUCCCUUAUCUUUUUUUGAGUCUUUGUGGUCCCCCGAGGCCCCUGGCAGUCUGGCAAUCACUGCCACUGGCCCCAGUAAUCCAUCCCUGUUCUGCGGCCGCUGCAGUGUUUGGACAGUCUUACAGAUUACUGGAACAAAAAGUGUGUAAAUGGUGUAUAAAGAAAGAAAUAAAAGGUAAAACAAAGAAAAAAACACCCAAUUUUAACGUUAAAAUGGUUCUUCACACUCAUGCAGUACAUCUAGCAAAUAACAGAACAGGAACUGAAGCUUGUUUGGUGCUAGGUUUCUCUUUUUAAUGCACUUUUGUUCCAAGUUUAUAAGCUGAAGUGAUCAAUAUUUUCUGCGCAUGCCAUAGAACUGUUUGGCUUUGAUCACCAAAACCUAUAGAACAGUGCCCUCUAGUGCCAGAAGCAGGAACUUUGAGACUUUGUGGGUAAAGUUCAAGCGAUCAUAAAUUAUAAAUGCAUAUUAUCAGUCAUCUUGUAUUGAGUUCCAUGUUUUACUUCCUUUACAGAUCUUCUCUUACUUCUGCAAGCGAGACUGUUAUAUUUGGCAGAAUGCACUUAAUUUAGGGCUUUCAUUGAGUAAGUUGAGUAAUGUAAUAUUGGACUGCAAGGGAGCCAAGCUUAGAGGACAUUGUGAAAUGUAACGUGAAAUGUUAGAGGUCAUGCUACAUUAAUCACUAACCGCAGACCACUAAAAAACAAUAAACAUACGCACACAAACACAGAUACGCACAAUUUCAAAUAUGUGCUCAGAUAGAGUAUAUAUGUAAAUAUGCAAUAGAUAUACAAUACUGUGCAAAAAUCAGAGACUGCACUUAAUUUAUUCAUUUUCCAAUCCAAACAAACAUUUUUAAGGUGAUUAGAUAUUCAGUAUAACAUUAAAAAGAAUCCAGAGAUGUUCCCACUCUGAGAAGACUCAACGCUAUGAGUAUGUGUAGCUGUCAAGAAGUUGUUACUGAGAAAAAGAAAUAGACAAAAAAAUUGCAAAUCAAAUGAAGAAGCUGCUGGUGUUCUCAGGAUAAUGGACUGACCACCCCAGAGUCCAGACCUCACCAUCACUAAAUGUGUUUGGAAUUACCUGGAAAAACAGAAAAUGCAAACAGCUUCUAAGACUGAACUCUGGAGGUGUGGCAAAUGUCUUUUAAAAACUACAAGCAAAUCUCCAGAAAACAAUGGAAGAUGUAAAGGCAAAGGAUGGACACAUGUAAUACUGAAAAAUCUGAUAUUUAAUAUGCAUCUCUGUAAUUGUUUUAAAGUAAUUACUUGUGCUUAAUGGCCAUUUUAUUAUAUUUAUUAUGUUUAUAUUUAGUUAAAUAAAUUAAGGGCUGACUCUGACAUUUCCAGCUCUGUUUAGCUCUUAUUAGCUAAACAGUCCUCCCUUUUCAGAAGAGCCGAACUCACAUAGUACCAGCAGAGUACCUGGGCAUGUUGGGGCAUGCUGCCCCCCCCUUGCAGUCUCUCUGCAGCAGGGGUUUCACAAUGUCCAUUGUCCAAGUAAACACAUGUACCGCCAGGGCACGCACACCAGUCCUCCCUUGGGGCUAUGUCCUCUCCCACGGGGCGCUGGAGCAGAGAGACUGAAUGGUGCAUCCUCUUCCCCAGCGCAGCAUUGCUCCUCUGAGGUUGUGGCAUCACUCCUUGUGCUACUGGGGGUGGCGGCAACAUCAGCUGUGCUCCUUUGGCUGCUCUCCAACUCCUCUGCUGCACACCCCACCAUAGACACCAGCGAGGCUGCUGCUUGUGUACACUGGUGCUCUGACGCUCAGUCUUGACCAACCACGCCAUUGGGGCCUACUCAAAGCGUCGCUGGAGGGCCGUGAUAAGUGCCACCAGGCUGCCAUGCUGCCCCUCCAGCAGGUCCUCACGGCCGGCCAUCAUCUCUUUCGCUGUCUUCCAGCUGGGCUCAGUCCCCUCCACAGUUUUCUCCAGACCUUAUCCCACUUCUGACACCAGUGUGGCAUCAGCAAAGAAAAAGAUGCAGGAAACAUAUCACUUUAAGCAAAUGCUCUUUUAUUCAACACAGCAGCAGCGGUGAACCAUCGCUCAGCGCUGCCAAAAUGGCGGAGUUAAUAGACAAGUCAGUAAACCCACAUAAACUACCCCACAGCCCAGCACAACAGCAUGUAACAACACAUGUACACAUAUUAAACUAAUCAGCAACUACUUAUUUACACAUUUUAGUCUCUCUUACUGCAAGUCCAGUGCUACCAUGAGACUCUGCAUGUCACUGCUCCGCAUGGCCAUGGCUCCUGUGCGUCCAAGGCCAGUAGCGGGUCAUAACUAUAUAUAUAUAUGUAUUAAAAAUGAAAAUUAUGUCAUAUCUCUUGUUGCUGUAAAAUGAUAAAAUCUAAAAGAUGAGCUAUAUUAGGGAAAUGAAUAGGUGUUUUUUUGUUCAUAACUUGUAAAUCAGAAAUGAUAAUUUAUGUCAAGAACAUUGUAAACAAAUUUUGUUUUUAGUGUCAAAAGUCACUGUGAGGACCAGCAAAUGCAUAUUUAGAGGUACAAUGUAAUAAAGGAGAAGUUGAUAUUUACAUAAAAUGAUAGGUCUGUUCUAAUAACAAUGAAAUAUUUGUAGAAAUCGUAAUUGAAUAAUGAUAGAAGUGGGUCGAUGUGGGAUUGAGUACAAAUAAUGUUUUGCUGUGCUCUGUGAGCUGGGCCCUUCUCCAGUGUUACGAUUACUUCUUAUCUCAUUGUUUUAAUAUUCAUAAAGACUUUGUGGCUACUAGUGGCCUUACACGUCUUUUUAAUGUAUUCAACUGUCACUGGUAAAUAAAAUAACACUUAUUGGCCAGUAUUUAAAAAAAAAACCAAUGUGUGCAAAUAUGCAGAAAAGCCCAUUUAUACUGUGAAUUCAAUAAAAAGUAUUAUGAUUUUU